UUUAUUUAUUUAGUAUACAAUAUUCUGUCUGUGUGUAUGUCUGAAGGCCAGAAGAGGGCACCAGACCUAAUUACAGAUGGUUGUGAGCCACCAUGUGGUUGCCGGGAAUUGAACUCAGGACCUUUGGAAGAGCAGGUGAUGCUCUUACCCACUGAGCCAUCUCUCCAGCCCGACAUUGGUUAGUUUUAUAAGUUAGUUUAGAUUUGAGCUCCUACUGGCUUUCAGUUGGCGUAAGUAACCACCUACAAAUCUUCAAGUUGACAUGUGUAUCGUUCUAUUCACUCAGGAUAAUGUCCAGAAUCAGAAUGGCUGGGUCAUGUGGUAUGAUACACAGAAUUCUGAGAAGGACUCUUAAAACCCCAUCUUUUGUUUUAACGCCUUCCCUUCAUGGCGAGAGCAAGCAUGAUGAGACACCCCCCACAGUUGAAAUAUCUCACAAGGCAAAUAAAAAAACGGUGUGAGGGCCCUAAGCUCAUGGUGCCUGAAACACAAAAGGCAGCCAUGUACAUAUGAAGCAUGGGUGUACUGACAUGUUUUCUGUGGCUGUAUCAAUCUAUCUGAGGCUGAGUGCCUUAGGGAGCAGGGAAGUGCACACGGCUCCAUCCAUGUGGGAUGAAGCUCUGGCCCCCAGGUGUAUAGACAGCCAUUGUUGAACUGCCUAGCCCACGUUACCUGAGAAAAUAAAAUAAAAAUAAACCUUUGUAAUAUAAACACGCAUUCUCUCGGUUCUGUUCUUUAGAGAACCCUGACUAAUAUAAUGGCUAUUUUGUGUCAUUACUUUGAAAAUAUUCUCCUGGCUUCUGUUUCACUAUUGUACGGAUUAGACACCAAAAGAAGAAAAAAGCCAGCUGUCAUCCAGCUUUUCCCUUUUUUCUAGAUGUCCAAUCUGUGACUUUGAAUGUUUUAUUCCACAUUAUCCCUUUAUUAAACAGAACAGUGCAAACACUCCCUUGCUCUUCCGCACGCCUCAUUCCAGUCUCCACAGUCUGUAGCUUCAGCCCCGGAAGUUGCCUUCCGGUUGACCCUUCCUGGUGCUGUCUUACUUCCUUAACAGAAGUGCCCACGUGCCACUGGGUGAGUGUAAGCUUCUUAGCCACGUGCACAACAGAGCCAGAGGUCUUGAAUGUCUACACCAAGACAUCAUCCAUGGUUCACUAUUACCCCCAAGAGGGAUUCUCUCUGUUUCCAACAUUCCUACCUGGGGCCAGGUCGUGCUGGGAAACACUUUUAAGCAUCUGAAACUGAAUAGAAGGAAUAUGGAAUGUGUUUUACAGUCAAGUGUAAACUUGCUUGGUAAAAAGGGGUGAAGAGACUGUGUCGCUAGUCAGUGGUACCUACGGACUCCACCCAGGCUCUGGGGGUUCAGCCUGCAUCCCCGAAUAUCGCUGUUUUCUUAUCCCUGCUCUACCAACCAGUCCCUAGCACAGCCCUGAACUCGUAUUUAAAAAGCAGCACCCCUGACAUUAUUCCUGGCACACCCAGAGUUGGGUCGCUGUUGUCAGGGCAACAGAGAGUCUGCAGGGAGCACCAGCUCUCCAGGGUUUCCAAGGCAACUACUCCGCAGAGUGGAAGCAGGUGCAGCGCCCUGAGUAAAACCCUGGGGCGGAGCCAGCUGGGGUGAGGACCCUUGGGAGACCAAGAGGUGUGGCCGCUAGACUGUGACGUGCUCUAAAACAUUACUUUGGGUGGAAUAUUCGGCCUUAAUGGUGUGCUUGUGAAACCGAACCGCUGAUUCCUCCUGCCUCGGUGUAUCCAGCUUGUCUCCGGAAGCCGCUUGCGCUUUGGAAAUGGUCCAAGUGGAUGAACUGCAGCGGAGCGUCCCCACACAGUAAGGUCCUGUUGAACAGAGUCCUAGGAACAGACGAGGGAGUUGAUGUGAGCCAUUAAAACGUGAGGCGCAGUUGCAUGGGCUUGUUGCGCAUCGCGGGGUGCCCAAGACAUCCCACCAAGGCCCAGGAGUCAAGUAGCAACCUGGCUGGAAGAAGCCGCAUAAGGUCCUUUCCUUUUGAGAUGCAGGUUAGCUCACAAUACUUGCCCCUGGUUUGGUUCAUUCGCCUUGUUUCCUGUUCCUGAAAGAAAUGCUGCCAAGUAAAUAGGAAAGAAGGGAGGUUUCUGGAGGAUUCUUUGGCAUUUAACCUUGGCGUGGUAGGUUCCUGUGCAAUCUUUUCUAUGGCUGACGCUGGGAGACUGCGGUGUAAGGCGCCAACUUGGUCCCCCCCACCCCCGCCUGUCAUCUGUGACUCCGGGGGGGGGGGCUGUCUGACACAGUUAUUAAACCUGGCAGCUGCGUUGGCGGCACCGAGGAGCAUUUUGGGGGAGCUCGCGGAAAAUAAGGGACUGCCAGCUGGCCGUCUGCUUGUCCUUCCUUUCUUGUUGCCUAAAAGGCGGCCGGCAGAGCUUCCUCGUGGUUCUGAUUGGCGUUCGGUCACUUUGGCAAACACUUGAAAGCAGCGUGCAGGGUCGACGACAGCCGGCCUCCCAUGUCAGUGGUCUAGGAUGGCCAGUGAGGGCGCCAGCAUCCCAAGUCCCGUGGUGCGCCAGAUCGACAAACAGUUUCUGAUCUGCAGUAUAUGCCUGGAACGGUACAAGAACCCCAAGGUCCUGCCGUGUCUGCACACUUUCUGCGAGAGGUGCCUGCAGAACUACAUUCCAGCCCACAGCUUAACCCUCUCCUGCCCAGUGUGUCGCCAGACCUCCAUCCUGCCUGAGAAGGGGGUGGCUGCACUCCAGAACAAUUUCUUUAUCACAAACCUCAUGGAUGUGCUGCAGCGAACGCCAGGCAGCAAUGGUGAGGAUUCUUCCAUCCUGGAGACGGUCACCGCGGUGGCUGCAGGAAAGCCUCUCUCGUGCCCAAACCACGACGGGAAUGUGAUGGAGUUUUACUGCCAGUCCUGUGAGACGGCCAUGUGUCGGGAGUGCACCGAGGGGGAGCACGCGGAGCACCCCACGGUGCCGCUGAAGGACGUGGUGGAGCAGCACAAGGCCUCACUUCAGGUCCAGCUGGAUGCGGUCAACAAAAGACUCCCUGAAAUAGAUUCCGCUCUUCAGUUCAUCUCAGAAAUCAUCCAUCAGUUAACGAACCAGAAGGCCAGCAUUGUAGACGACAUCCACUCCACCUUUGAUGAGCUGCAGAAGACUUUAAACGUCCGCAAGAGCGUCCUGCUGAUGGAGCUCGAGGUCAACUAUGGCCUCAAACACAAAGUGCUGCAGUCACAGCUGGAUACCCUUCUCCAAGGCCAGGAAAGCAUCAAGAGCUGCAGCAACUUCACUGCGCAGGCUCUCAACCAUGGUACGGAAACCGAGGUGCUACUGGUGAAGAAGCAGAUGAGCGAGAAGCUAAACGAACUGGCGGACCAAGACUUCCCUCUGCACCCGCGCGAGAAUGACCAGCUGGAUUUCAUCGUGGAAACCGAGGGACUGAAGAAGUCCAUCCACAACCUGGGGACCAUCCUCACCACGAACGCUGUCGCCUCAGAGACGGUGGCCACGGGCGAGGGGCUUCGGCAGACCAUCAUCGGGCAGCCCAUGUCCGUUACCAUAACCACCAAGGACAAGGACGGAGAGCUGUGCAAGACAGGCAACGCAUACCUCACUGCCGAGCUCAGCACCCCCGACGGCAGCGUGGCGGACGGCGAGAUCCUGGACAACAAGAACGGCACCUACGAGUUCCUGUACACUGUGCAGAAGGAGGGGGACUUCACCCUGUCCCUCAGGCUCUACGACCAGCACAUCCGUGGCAGCCCGUUUAAACUCAAGGUCAUCCGCUCAGCCGACGUGUCCCCCACCACCGAGGGCGUGAAGCGACGGGUCAAGUCCCCCGGGAGCGGUCACGUCAAGCAGAAGGCUGUGAAGAGGCCCGCCAGCAUGUACAGCACCGGCAAGAGAAAAGAGAACCCCAUCGAGGACGACCUGAUCUUCCGUGUGGGUACCAAAGGAAGAAAUAAAGGAGAAUUCACAAACCUUCAGGGUGUAGCUGCAUCCACGAGUGGAAAGAUAUUAAUUGCAGAUAGUAAUAACCAGUGUGUGCAGAUAUUUUCCAAUGAUGGACAAUUCAAAAGCCGCUUUGGCAUCCGAGGACGAUCACCUGGACAGCUACAGCGGCCCACGGGGGUAGCAGUGCACCCCAGUGGGGACAUCAUCAUCGCAGAUUAUGACAACAAGUGGGUUAGCAUUUUCUCCAAUGAUGGAAAGUUUAAGACAAAAAUCGGAUCGGGAAAACUGAUGGGACCUAAAGGAGUUUCUGUGGACCGCAACGGACACAUUAUUGUGGUGGACAACAAGGCUUGCUGCGUGUUCAUCUUCCAGCCGAAUGGGAAGAUAGUCACCAGGUUUGGUAGCCGAGGCAAUGGCGACAGGCAGUUUGCAGGUCCCCAUUUCGCAGCUGUGAAUAGCAAUAACGAGAUCAUCGUUACAGAUUUCCAUAAUCAUUCCGUCAAGGUAUUUAACCAGGAAGGAGAAUUCAUGCUGAAGUUUGGCUCGAACGGAGAAGGCAAUGGACAGUUUAACGCGCCGACAGGUGUAGCCGUGGAUUCGAACGGAAACAUCAUUGUGGCGGACUGGGGCAACAGCAGGAUCCAGGUUUUUGAUGGGAGUGGAUCAUUUUUGUCCUACAUCAACACGUCGGCUGACCCCCUCUACGGCCCCCAAGGCCUGGCCCUCACUUCAGACGGCCAUGUCGUGGUUGCAGACUCUGGGAACCACUGUUUCAAGGUCUAUCGGUACUUACAGUGACAGCGGACAGCCCUGCCCUGAGGUCUUGCACUAGAAACUGGAAAGGAGUUUUCCAUGUGGGACCAGAUUACCAUGGGACUUUUCACACUAGGAGGAACCUUUGGUAAACUUUCCAAGGUUAUUUCUGAAUGUAACAAUUUCCUUAAGAACUGCUUAUCCAAUUUCCGUAAUUCACUUUUAGCAUUUAAAAAAAGAAUCUCUUCUAUUGAAUCUGCACAAACUGCAAAGUUUUACACCUGGGAACUAUGGCUCAUAGGACAGGGAUUUAUGUAGUUAAACUAAUUUUGCAAAUCAGACAUUAAAAAUAAUUAGCGUAUCUUUUGCCCGGUGAAUGAAUGGUAGCCUUUGCAUCGAGCUUCCAAGAACAAAACUUGUAGUUAUCUAUUUUAUUUAAAUUCGGUCAUGAGACCAAGGGACCUUUUAACCUCACUUUUACAGUAGAUGUUAUUUCUCUGGUGACAUUUUUGUUCUUUUUCGAUUGUCAACAACCACAUAUAAUUACUUUAGAAAAAUCUAAGGCUGUCUUGCAAGAUCUUCCCAGCUCUGACUCAGGGUCCUCUUGAGUUGAGCCCAUCAGAAUCAAUGCAAAUUUCCCAACCUUUCGGGGUUCGAUCAAAGAUCUUUUCCGUGUGUUCUCCUCACCUUCUCUUUCUAUUCACCUUGCAUCAGAAAAUGAAAUGCGUUUUCAGGAAAACCUGGAAUUCCCGAUGCUUUGGAAGGCAUAGGGGGACCCUUUGGUUGUUAGCUUCAGAUCAACACACUGGAAAGCAAUCAGGAGAACUCACGUUCAUGUGUUCACGUCUUUCCUCUUCCACAUCAUGGAAGCGAAAGCUUUACCUCCUGCAGAAUGUCAGCACAUGUAGUCGGACACCGGUGUCCUAGGACAGAGAGGACGGAGGACGGAUGGUGUCAACCAAAGGCAUGUGGUUGAUUCACGGUCUCCCCUUAGAGAGCAAGUGUUACCAAAGUUGUGUUGAGCAUUACAGGUAUGGGCAUGUCAUGGUUGUUUAUCAUUGUCUAAUGAACAGUAGAGGCGUUAAGGGACAAGUAUACAUGGUUAGGGUAAGAUAGAAUGUAUUAUAAAUAUUAUAUAUAUAAAUACAUACGUAUAGCCGAAUCCUUGCUGUGUGGAAAUAGUCAGCACUCGGAAAGACAGAAGCACCGCCCAGCCAGCCUCCAGCUCAUUCCCCGGCUGCUGCAGUUGAAGACAUCGUCCUGGAGGGGGCGCUCCAGCAGGCUCGCCUGUUGCCGUUUUUUCCGGCUUGAUGCGGAUGCCUGACUUCCAGGCAGCGAACGGCUUUCUGUUUUCAAGACAAAGAGGAAGAAAGAAAAAAGAAAAAAGGCGUCUUUAAACGAUGGGUUUGAGUUACCUUUCACCUACGUACAAAUGCAUUAUAAGGAACAUUACCUGUCACGGAUACUGUGAAAUUAGACGAGGUGUGUUUCCACUGUUGUUUGAUUUUUCUACUCAGUUCUGCCAAAUAGGAAAACCGUGUUUGACGCGUUUGAUGAUGACUUUGGGAUUUCUCUCGUUGAAAGCACCUUAGAUCCACACUUUGAGGAAACACUUCCCUUAGAAGUAUAUGCUGGUGUUUAUGGCUUAUUAUCUUAAAGUCCUAAUGGUCUCCAUACAGGAGCGUUCAAAAAUUUGGAAGGAAAAUCUGGCUACGUCCAAUGGUUGAUUUAAUUUAUUAUGCCCAAAUCAACAUCUGGAGGAAAACACUUCAUUUUCAGGAGAUUUACAUUGGGUGUAGCUUAUUAUUAUUUCAGUUCUGUGGGGUUUUAAAAUAGCCAAGCCUGUCUGUGAUAGACAUAAGAUUAAAUAUGCUUCAGAGUGAUAAACUAAGAUGGCUUCUGAAUAUCAUGAAAUAUGCCUUUGACUUUAUGUUUUGAUUUUUUUUUUUUUUUUUUUUUUUUUUUUUUGGUUUGGUGCUAGGCAUGGACCCCAUGGCCUCAGACAUGCUAAGCAAGAGCCCCCUAUACUGGGCUGUUCUUGUAGCCCAUUCAUUAUGAAUGUCAAUAUUUGUGUCUACAGACUUCCUACUGGGGCCAGGGCAUCUGGGCACUGGGAUCUGAGGGAUGCUUGGAAGAGACAGGCAUCUCGGCCCUUCUACAGCUUAUAUUCUGUAAGGGGAUUUCUGCUGUGCUGUUUAUUAAUAGUCUGCCUGCAGGAUUAUUUCUGGGCUGUUUAAAAGAAACUUUUUAAAAAUGAGUGAAUUAAUUUUAGUUAAUUUUCACAGGAAGAAAACAAUUUUUUUUUAAAUUUGCCACAGGCCAUUUUUGUUGUUGUUGUUUUGUUUCUUAGAAUGGAAUCCAGGCCCCAGACAUGCAGGCACAUGCUCUACAACUGAUGGGUGCCUUCAGAUUGCAACUAUUAAUUUGAAAAUGAAUUUAAUGAAUGAGUUCUUUUUGUACAACACUGAGACAUUUGUGAACUGAGAAAUUAACUCAUAAACCAAUCAGUCCAUAUAUAAAAUAUCUUAUCAGGCUCAGUAUCUUAAUAGGAAAUAAUACAAAUUAAGGGUUUUUUUAAUUAAUUUAUUUUAUUUUAUUUUAUUUUUUUUUUUGAGACAGGGUUUCUCUGUACAAUAGUCCUGGGUGUCCUGGAACUUGUCUUGUAGACCAAAUUGGCCCCGAACUCACUGAGAUCCUCCUGUUCUGCCUCCCAAGUGCUGGGAUCAAAAGCAUGGGAUCAACCACUGCUACCCUGCUGAGGUUUUUUGUUUGCUUUGCUUUGUUUUGUUUUCUUAACACAUGAAUAAUGGUACAAACUGGAAUGAAAAAAAUCAUUUAAUUUAUAUUUUGUCUGCCAUCAGCUACUAAAACCCCUGCUAUGGGCACUGCAGGAAACACUACGUUCUACACUUGGGUAUAUGUGCACAGUUACUGUAUUUCUUCGUGGUAAGCAUAUUUUGGGGCGGGCGGAAAGUGGCUGCUGCUAAGAUACAAAUAGACAAAAACUAAAUGAAAUCUUGUCUCAUUUGAUGGGAAUGGUUCCUGGUAAACUUAAGAAGGAUUUUUUUAUAAGUAAGUGGCUCUUUUGGUUCUAGGCUACUGUGAUUGUUUAUCUUUGUCCGCUGUAUAGAACGAGUCACUCAUGAUACUACGUAGCACUGAGAAAGUAAGCAUUCGAAUUUCCCUUGGGCACUAAGGGCAAAAUACCUCCAGUUAGGUUUUAUAAGUUAAUGACAGUGUGUCUUCUCUCGUAAACCUCCCCUGCUGGACACGGGGCGGUAGGAAGUCUCCUGACCAACCAGAAACACACUAACGAGGAAGCCUUUCUGACUCUUGGCCAUUUUCUUAAUGAUGUGUAAGGUUUUGAUGACACUUUAGUCUCCAUGACUAAACAAGCCCGAGUUUCCUGCACUUGACAAAACUGGAGGCAAUAAGUAUGCCUGGUCCAUGCAGCUGCUGGACACCUGCUCCCACUCAUGUACAGGGUAUGUAUGUCCUCACAGGGAAUGAACUGGACGAGCAGUAUGCCACCAGGGUUAGCAGAAUUGCUUUGGUAAUACCUACAGAGGAAACGAGAGAGCAGAUCAGCACCGGGCUAUCUGUAGAUCACGUCAAUCGGGAAAAGUCUCUGUGUGCGUCUGGACUCCACAGCGUUCUCUCUGCUCACCAGCUUCUGACGAGGGAAGAGGGACUCUCCAAGUAGGAUAAAAUUGAAGCUUUCUGAUGCAAACCUUAGCUAAUCUCCCUUACAAUCGGAAAGUCCUAAUACUGUUACUUUCUGUAAGCGUUGCAGGGUCUUAAAAUUUACAGUUAUUUUAAUAUUUUUGAUAACUAGGAAUCUAGCAUUGCCAUAAAGGAAACUAAGUGCCCAUUAAAAAUUUGUCUGGUAUAAACAGAUGCUCUUUUGGUUUUGCUUUAAACGACAGUGAGCGACACAUCGCGGCGCUAGUCUUCAAAAUGCUUUCCAGUGAUGAACUGUGUGGUAGCUGAUCGCGUGGUCUGUCUGUGGAGAGUGUAUGGCUGCUACUCAUCGGUACCCUAGAAGAGAUUAACAAUCAGCUGUGUCGUUCCAAUGAAUGUACAGCACUUCUAUUAACGGUUGAAAGCAACGCGGCCUUAACCUCGACGCUUUUGCUUUACGACCUGGGGUAUUGUGUCAGCGACCAAGGGUGCCCUCCCGACAUUAUCAUUCCCAGCCGAGCAGCCUUCCGAGCCCGCCCACGGGUAGGGAGGUUGUUUGUUUCCUUUUCGUUCCUAUGAAGGUUUUGUACAUUCCGCCUUUACAGAUCUGUCUCACACAUUCUGUGUAUAGAACGCUGGUCUCGUGUUCUUUGCCAUCAAUUAUUGCUAUAACCUCCUCAUAUGUUCUUUUCAUGGGUCGAAAUGCCGACUGCCUAUUUACACGGAAGAAUGGACACUGUGCAUCAGUGUGUUUGGAUGUUCGUAGCUACAUACGUGCCACAGUAUUUUGGAUGCUUUAGUCUAAUAAAACUUUAAAUUAAUUCUGUCUUGAAACAUAGGAGAAACAAGGUUUCGUGUGUAUAUCGUUACCAUGCACAGAAAUCUCAAAUCAUUAUAAUAAAGCUUGUUUUCUCCA